CUUUCCAAGACUGAGAAGAAUAUUAGGGGGGGGGUCUCUAAAUGUCUUGCUGUGAGUAUUUAUAAACACAAACAGUUCAGACUCGGCGAGUGUUUUCCUGUGGGCUGUUUCUGUUGACUUUCUGGAGAAAUGUGCGCUGAAAGGUGCCUCACAAACGUUGAGAUGAUGUUGGAGAAGGAGGAGGAGGACGCUGUGAAGCCGGAGGACCAGAUGGAGCAGAAGAGAGGAGAAGAUACACGCUGCAGUGGGAGAGGUGGACGUCUGGUCUGGGACAGUCCUACCGGCAGGAGGUUUGGGGGUCUCCCCGCGCAGUGGUCUGUCGGGCAGGAUGUGGUGAACGUGUUUGAGCGUUGUUUGGAGGAGGUGGAGCGCCUCCAGCUCAGACGGGACACCCUGGUACAGGAGCUGCUGGCAUUAGAGCGCCCCCUGCAGGCUCAGCUACAGGACCUGCGACUGCAGCUCACACACGCGCGCAGCCGCCUCUCACACGCAGAGCUGCACAAACACACGCUGCAGGAGGAAGUGAUGCGCGUGAAGAGGAAACUGUUCACCGUGAUGAGAGACUGCAUCCAAACCCAGAUCAGCCUGGCAGCGCAGAAGUACGAGGUGGAGCAGUUCGGCUUCAUACAGGAGGAGCUGCAGGAUGAGGUGCUGCAGCAGCUUCAGGAGUUAAUGCAGAUGCCUGAGGACCAGCAGAUCAGACUGGCCACUCUGAGGGAGCGGCUGCAGGGUCAGCACCGUCCACGGGCCGCCAGUGACCUCUCCCACUGCCGCCGGGCCUCAGCUGACCUCUCACGCUACACACGGGCCAGCAUGAAGAGCCUGGAGGAGUGGUAUGAGCCGCGCUUGCUGGCCUUGCUGAGGAGGAAGCAGGCGAGUGAGGACACUCUGAGGAAGAGCCGGGAACUCGGGCAGGACCUGAAGAAACGUCUGGAGCCGCUGAGAGAGGAAGGCAGGCGGAUGGAGCUGGAGAGAGAACAGCUGCAGCAGAGGAUCAGUCUGAUGGAGGAGGAGAAGAGAGAGAGAGUAGCACAGCACAAG